UUUAGGUUGUGGAAAUUUUUGAUUUUGUAAAAUCUUUUGAAUCGUUUUUCAAUUAGAUGUUAAUGUUAUGACCGGUUUUGUGGUAACAUUGCUAGUGGGUAUAUUUGCAUUAAAAAGAUCUUUUUGUACCAUUGAUGCUCUGAAACCCAAGCUGUAUUAUUUUUAGCCUAACACCGUGACAGCCUGAGAAGGUGUCCAACCAUCUCCACUACCCCAUAAAAUGUUCUCACCAUAGGAUCCUUUAGAGUUUAGAGUGCUUCAAAGCACAGUUGGAUCACCUUUGGUUAGUUUACCAUUGUGCAUAGCGUGCAAGUUUUGCAUCCCACACCAAUGGUUAGAGUCCAAGUGCUAAACGAGCUGCACUAUGAGGAUCCAAAAGUAUGGGGCUUGUUUUGCCCUGUUUUCUCCAGCAAGCUUUAAUUUCGGUGCCUUUGAUGCUCUUAUGGCGGUGGUGAUGGAGAAGAAGAAGAGAGGCAGAGAAGAAGAGUGAGGCUUGUUGAGGGAGAGUGAGAGAGAGGGUCAAACUUCCUAGGAAAGACAAAAGUUGUAUUUCACGUGCUCUAUUUGUAAUCCUUGGAUUGUGUCCUUGCCACGUGUUGCUCAUCGGUUUUAAAACGGGAGAAAAUGAGAGAGACUUCCAAACUGGAGGUGAGCCGUUCCCAAAAAAAGAAGAAAAAAAUCAAAACCAUCCCAACAUGGCACGAGUUUAGUACUCCGUGGAAGUCAAAAAGCAGGAAAUUACGGAACAAGAUCCACACCUGAUUAUAACUCAUUCUCUUCCCUCCAAAUCCUCAUAUGACCGUUGGAAAUUUAGAACUUCGAAAAAAAUGUCUUACAAAGCUGCUUUUUACUUGUCUUCCCUACUCAGAAACUGUGUUCCACUCUCUGCAAUUUCCCAAGCUAAGCAAACCCAUGCACAAAUCCUUGUCCUUGGCUUCCUUUCCAACGUGACCCUUCAAACAGAUCUCUUACUGUUCUACUCUAAAUGUGGGGUUCUUCAAGAUGCCCGCCAAGUCUUCGACAAAAUGUCUGAAAGAAAUAUGUACUCAUGGAAUAUCAUGCUCGCUUCUUAUGCUCAGAAUUCUCUUUUUUUGGAUGCUAUGAAUGUUUUUGAUGAUUUUCUGAAAAUGGGUCUUCGGCCUGAUCAUUAUACAAUGCCUCCAGUGUUUAAGUCAUGUGUUGGAAUAGGAGAUACUUUUUUGGGUAAGAUGCUUCAUUGUUGGGUGGUUAGGCUUGGGUUUGAGGAAUAUGUUGUUGUGGGAAGUUCGGUUUUGGAUUUCUAUGUGAAAUUUGGUAAUUUAGUUGAUGCAAAGCGGGUAUUUUCUAAUAUGUUGUCUAGAGAUUCUGCGGUUUGGAAUUCAAUGAUUUCAGGAUUUGGGAGGGCUGGCUUUUAUGUUGAUGCUUUGAAUUGUUUCAGGAGCAUGCUUAGUGAAGGAGUGAAUAUGGAUUCCAUGACGAUUCCUAGUAUAUUGAAUGCUUGUGGACGGGAAGGAGACUUGAUGAAAGGGAAGGAAAUUCAUGGGCAAGUAGUUAAGAGUCUCAUAUUCGAUGGAGAUGUCGCAAUUGGUAAUUCAUUGAUUGAUAUGUACGCAAAGUGUGGAUGCUUGCAUGACUCAGAAAAGGUCUUCAGGAACAUGUGUGAACUGAAUUUGGUAACUUGGACAACAUUGAUAUCUUGUUAUGGUGUUCAUGGGAAAGGGGAGGAUUCUUUGGCUUUGUUUAAGAAAAUGAAAGAUUGCGGGUUUAAACCAAACUGCGUUACGCUAACAGCAGUUUUGGCUAGCUGCAGCCACUCUGGUCUCAUUGAUCAAGGCCGGAAGAUUUUUGAUUCUAUAAGUUUUGAAUAUGGAUUGAAACCCAGUGUAGAGCACUAUGCUUGUAUGGUGGAUCUUUUGGGUCGUUUUGGACAUCUAGAGGAAGCACUUGGAUUGGUGAAAAACAUGAAGUCAGUGGCAACAGCAAGUGUUUGGGGUGCCCUACUUGCUGGUUGUGUGAUGCACAAGAAUGUUGAAAUUGGAGAAGUUGCAGCUCUUCAGCUUUUUGAAUUGGAACCUAGAAACUCUAGUAACUAUAUAGCUUUGUGUGGUAUUUAUGAUUCUCUUAGCAUACGCGAUGGUGUUUCAAUAAUCAGAGCAAAGAUGAGGAAUUUGGGUUUGGUUAAAACUCCUGGUUAUAGCUGGAUGACCAUUGCAGGAAAAAUACAUAAGUUCUAUCAGGGAGACUGCUCUCAUCCUCAAACCAAGAUGAUACAUGAAAUGUUAGAUCAAAUAAUUAAGGCACCUACGUUGCCUGGUGAUUGUGGAAACUACCUUUGAGUAAAACCAUGGGUUGCUAAUUUAAUGUCCUUUGCAACAUGAAUAUGGCCACAUUUUUUAUGGUUCUUCCUUAUGAGGGUUGGUAAUUCAACCAUUUUUCUUUAGCACAUAUAGAAUAGCUGGAGGAUUCAUUUUUCUUCAUGCAAACGCAACUGUAUCGCACAUCAACAUGAUCUGUGAAUAUAUGUACAGAGCUAUGGAACAUAUGCAAAGUGACAGAGUCAGAUGGAUCUUGGAUGCACUCAUUUAAGGGUGAGGUCCAACACGUGAGAUUUUAAAUGAGAAGUAAAGUGGAGGAGACAGAGAUCGAACUCAGAACCUAUUGCAUUGAUUCCAUGUUAAAUUAACAAAUAUGGUCUUCUGCCAAGUGUCAACCUUAUUACAUUCUGGCAAGCAGCUUGUGUUACUUUGUGCUUCUGAAGGCCUUUUGCUCAAGAUGAUUAUGACUGGACACAGAAGAGGAUGCUGCCGCUUGACUAGCUUGAGGAUGAUUCUUUGCAG